UUUAAAGGAUCAUGAUUGAAGUUUCCAGAGUCAUUAGGAGAUGCAGAAGAUGCAGAAAAAGAAGCUGCCUCUUCAAAAAGCGACUCAUCGCCUCGCUGUGCACAAAGACAGUAACGGUUUACUCCUUGCUCCAACCCUGUGUUCGGAGCGCAGUGCUACCCUCUCCAUCGGCUGCCCCACCAGAGAGACCCAUUUCAUUUUUGGACCUGCGGUUGCUGCUCUUCGACUUGCUCAGAUACAGACUCAAACACAGAUCGCUCUCUGGCAGAUCGCUGUUCUAGCAUCUAUCGUUUUGGGCCACUGGUGUGAUCUCACAGCAACAUUACCUCCUCACCUUGCCCUCCUGAGUUUUUUGACUCAGCAGCAGGUGUCGACGUUUGGCCUAGAGGGAACCACAAACAGACGGAUUUCUACUAUCACUCAACCAAGUCGGUCUGCUGCAAUGUAUCACCAGCAAUCUCAACAACAGGGCUCCCAGCCUUUUCUAAAUGCAUCUAGGCCGCCUCAUCAUCCGCCAUCUGCAAGUCAGCAUCCAAAUCACCCCAACAUGCAAGGAAUGGGGUUCCAGUUUCCUCGUCCCAACCAACUUCCCGAUGAGCUAGAGUCUGCCCUUUCCAUCAGGGGCACCAGAGAUAUGGAUCACCGGCAGAUGGAUCUAAUGAAUCAAUCGAACCAACAUCAGAACCAAGGUACAGGGAUUGGUCAACAUGGAAGCUAUGGCUCCAACCCAAUGUUGCUGUCAGCAGAUAAUCAGUCUGGACACCAGCAAGGAGUCGACUGGUCAAACUAUCAAGCUCCAACCAAACUUUUUGCGGCAACACAGCAGCAGCCUCAGGGCAGCCAAUCAGGAGCCAGAAUACUAAACUGGAAUCCCCCCAUAACUGACUCACCAACUCCUCAAACUCGACAACCUCUUGGUGAUGGAGGUAGGAUGGAAGGUCAGGGUUUGUACACGCCAGAGAGUGCGGGAAGCAUCUUGGCUAGCUUUGGACUUUCAAACGACGACUUGGAGGUGUUGAGUCAUUACCCGGACGAUCAAUUAACGCCAGAUACUUUACCGUUCAUACUCCGUGACAUCCAACUCAAAAAAUCAGGAAAGCAAAAAUCUGUGAGCUCUACCUCCUCUUCUUCAUAUUCUCACAAUUUGACUCCUACUGGUUCUUCACACUCAGUGGAAGUACCUAGCCUUCUUACUGUUACGCAGACAGCCGGGAAGGUCAUUGACUAUGGACAUGCCAGUCGUGGAACCGAAGAAAGUGGCACCCGAGAGACUUUUAAAAGGGAGCAGCUUUCUAGUGAAAGGACUGUUAAAAUGCUUCCAACUGCAACUUCCUCAUCAGUGUCAAAGGUGGAGAAAACUGAAAGACGUCAAGUUCGUGUAGAACACAAGGAGCCAAUCAAACACGGAGACAGGGACUAUCGCAAGACGACCUGCGAAAAGCGCAAGAACAGCCGAUCACCAGCGAGAGAAUUUGCACCAUUGCCUAAAUCUCGUAAUUUAGACAGAGACUACCGACAAGUGGAAUCUAAACAGCGGCCGCCAUCUGAAACCAGGAGUGAGGAUUCGUCAAGACGUUCUCCCUCUUCUUCAUCUGCUUCAAGACAUGGCAGUAGCAAGAAGUUGCCUACGCCUACCAUGAUAAGCGAUUUCACAGCGGUGUCUCCAAAGGUGUUUCCUCAUACCUGCUCCCUGUGUCACAUUCAGUGUGAACAGGAAAAGGACUGGGUUGACCAUAUUAACACUGUUGAUCACACAGCCGCCUGCAGAGACCUGCGCAACAAGUACCCAGACUGGAAACCAAAUGUACCAAGUCGGAGCUGGCGAUAUGGCAGCCGUUCCCCGUUCGGUUCUGCACCUCGGUCCCACUCUCGCUCUCCAACUUCCUCUCAUGGCAAAUCCCGCAGAGAGCCCUUCAUGCACCGGCCUCAUGGGACGCCUUACUCUCCUCCCCGGCAUCCACGGCCCCACUACCACAAAGGUAGCCCUCAUUCAGACCACGGUCAUUGGAAUAAAUAUCCCUACUCUGGCUCACACGGCCCACAUUAUUCCCACCGAGAACCCUGGCCUGACAGGAGACACAGAGAAUCAUCAGGAGGUUACUCCCACCAUGGUGUGAGGCAUCCUCAUGACACUUUAACCAAAAGCUCUGGCGACAGAAGCAGAAACCCUUCCUCCUCUGCAGCGGGUCACGGAUCCAAACAUGCGGCCACAAAACCCUCCACUAAAACCAUCAAGCCGGCACUAAAACCUGCAAUGAAAACAACCAAGGCUGUUAAAAAUCUACCAGUGAAGAAGAAGAAAAAGGUGGUGGGUCCAGCCUCUCAGGGCAUGCCGCUUGCCGACCGCCUCGUUUAUCUGACUGGCAUUCCAAUUGAUGCAACCGAACAGGAAGUGACUGACUUGGUCAGCUCUUUUGGGAAGAUCAACAACGUGAUUCUCCUUCCUUGCUCUGAGGAGGAAAGCGAGAAGGGCCAAGGGCAAAAGGCGUCUGUGUGCAUGAUGAAGACGGAGGACGCUCAGGCUCUGGCGUCUGCAUCAGAACUCUGCAUCCGAGAACAGCCGAUCACCGCUUUAGUCACCAAGAAACCUGAAGAUGGUCAGCUUUCUGAAGCCAACAGCAAAACUGAAGCAGAAAAGGACAAAGAGUCAGCUGGGAACACCUCAGAUGGUGAAACUGACCAGAAGACGUCCGAUCAGCAGAAGUGGAACGUGUUGGUCACAGGACUUCCUGACAGCGGCUGGUCAGACGGUGACAUCGCUGAGCUUGUGCAGUCCGUUGGAGCGCCAUCUGACAUCAUCCUGGCAAAACACGUCGGAAAGGCUCUUGUGUCAUUUCCUGACCUUGAAGUUGCUGACGAGCUCGUGAAGAUCCACAGCUUCAAGCCUGCCAUGUUUAAGGACACGGAGGUGAAAAUGACCCUGGUCAAAAAGCAGAUCGGACUCAGCACUCCGGUGGCUCUUUAUAAUCUCUUCACAGGAUCACUGGAUCCAUUGGACGGUUCUGCUCCGGUUGGGUGGAACAGUUUGGUGGUGAUCAAAAACGUUCCAGACUCGCCCGGUAGCUCCACCGAGGUCCUGAAACUGAUGCGCCGCUUUGGGACGGUCAUCAAGUUUCUUGUGGUCAACAGCAUGAUCAUUUGCGAGAUGGCGACCACAGCCAUGGCCUUGUCUGUGUACAAACGCUUCCUGAUGUUUCCCUGCAUCAUCCAAAACAAUCCUCUGAUCUUCUACCGCAAACCAGACCCCAAAGCUCAGCCGCUGACCAAAACCAUCCCUGCAUGCUGUGAGACAGCUGAGGAUAAGCCUCCAGAAGACAGCCAAGCGGCAGCAGAACCUUCUGAACAAGAAGCAGAAUCACAACCAGAUCACUGUGAAGAUCCGCCAGAGAAAGAUGAAGAUGAAAACACAAAAACAGAAGAGAAAACGGAGGAAGAAAAUCUGACGGAAAAGGAGGGUAAAGACGAUUGUGUGGAGGAGGAAGAUGAGGAUGAGGAGGAGCUCGGCGUUUCUGUGUCUUCGCCUGCAUCGGACGCUAAACCUGAUGAAGAUGCUGGUGAUGCUGAAAACACAGAAGUUCACGAAGAUGCCGGUGAAUCAGAAGUGGAGAAUGUUGAGGAGACACAAGCUCCCAGCUCUGAUGCUGGAUCAGUUUCCCCAGAGAUGGCCAUGCCUGAGCUGCCCAAGAUGACUCAAGCUAUGGUUAACGCUCUACUGGAGGAGUGCAGAACAAGAACGGCUAACAAGAUGGCGGCGCCCCCCAGUGAAGACCAGGAGCAAGUGAAACAGGAGCAGGAAGAUCAGGAGAAAAGAGCAGAGGACGCGAUAGACACCGCAGAAGAAAAAGACGAGGAGGUGAAAAAACUGGACAGAGAGAGAAAAGAGAGGGAGGUGAAGAAAGAGAAGGAGAGGAAGGAAAGAGAGAGGAGGGAGAGAGAAAGGGAGAUGGAGAGGAGAGAAAGAAGGGAGUGGGAAAAGAAGGAGUGGGAGAGGAGGAGGCCGGAGAGGAGGGAUAGGAAAAGAGAUUACGACGAUAGGUCAUUUGGGUCAAGGUUGUCCUACAGGCCGGGGAGUUACAGGCAGAGGGACGAACACUACAGAGAAGCUGAAAGACGAAAGGAGGAACCGGAGGAGCUGGAGGAGGACGAGUUCCCCUUCAACAUGAGCGACUUUGUUACCGUCGAUGAGCUGGGAGACGUGACAGAACUUCCUGACGCUGCGGUUUCCAUGGAAACGUCAACUGAAGGCGAAGUGGCGCCCCAAACCGAACAGGAGGAGGAACACAUGCAGAUUUCUGUGGAGGCCACAGCAACCCAGGAGAAAGAAUCUGAUGAGAAAGAACCAGAACAUGUGGAAAGUCCAACAGCUGAGGCUGUAAGCAGUUUGGAUUCUGAUCAGGACCCGAAUGAUGGAGACGCUCUUCCAGAAGAUUCACACGUUCACACAGGUCCAAGUGAGACAGCGGACCAACCAGAGGCAUCAGAUGACGGCAUGAAACCUGAUCCAGACACUGCGCUCUCUUCAAGCCUCGAUGUUGAGCCUGUUUCCACCUCCUCAGCUCCUGCAGUUCCAGGUCCAGCCACCUGCAGCAGCACAGCAGCGGCUGCAGAGCCUGAAGAAGAGAGCAGCAGGAGGAGCAGCCCAGCUGAACACGACGAGGAGAAGAAUGAGGAGCAGAAUGAGGAGCAGAACGAGGAGUCAAACAAACCGCAUCAGAGCCAGGAUGAGGAGAACAUGAAUGAAGCUCCAGAACCAGAGACUUCGGCUGUGACCUGCGGAGCAGCCGAUGAGCCGCCAGAUGUCCUGCAGAAAGAAAAGACAAAAGAAGCCGAAGAAACCAGAGAGGAGAGCGUGAAGAAGCCGCUGCCUCCGUAUGAUCCGAGUGCAGCAGUUGGUAUGGAGUAUUUGGUCCCAAAGACGGGAUUCUUCUGUAAGGUGUGCAGUCGGUUCUUCACUGGAGCCAACGCGGCAGAGAUCAGCCACUGCAAGACUCUGAAGCAUUACGAGAACCUUCAGAAAUUCCUGCUGAGUCCAGAAUCGUCGGUGAAGUCUGUGAAGUCUGUGAAGACAAACUGAAAAUCUGCUGUUUCAUUUCAUCGUUUGUCUCCUCGUGUGAUUUCAUUUCACGUUUAGGGUCCAGAGUUACAUUCUGUCAUGGAUUAGUUCCAGAUUAUUUCUCCCUGGAAAUGUGUUGGCUGUUCUUUUAUGAAGAGUGGAGAACGGGAAGGAAAAUGUAUUGAUUCCUCCUUCCAGCAGAAACUGUACACAAAUAAAUGGGUUGUGUUUUUUACUAAA